CGAUUCCGGAUGCAGGAUCUACCACCCGAACUGCUGGCGGAAGUCUUCUACUGCUACAUCUCGCUGAUUGAACAUGCCCGCGGACACGCCGAACGCCCUCCCACACCGUACGCAUGGCUCGUCAUCAGGCAUGUUUGUCGGGCAUGGCGAGUGGUCGCGCUCGUUUAUCCCCGGCUGUCCUGUCGCAUUCAUGUCUCUACACCCGAGUGUGUGCAGGAUAUGCUGGAUCGGUCUGGAACGACGCCGCUGUUCAUUGAUGAUGUCUCGGAUCGCAAGACAGUAUCUCGCAUCGAAGCGCAGUGUCGAGUGUUCGCCCAUCUCGACCGAAUCGUAUGGGCGCAGACGUCGCUGUACUGUACUACCCCGAUGCCAUGCACCCAGCGCCCUAUAGUAUCCAUGCUAGAGACCAUCUUCAUUAAGCCCAGGAUGCCCGGAUUCUCGUCCCCAUUGUUUCCGGGAUACACCUUUCCUCACCUACAGAACUUUACCAGUCACUGGAUGGACCUGCGUUCAUUCUACAAACUUCUUCCGUCCGGGUUGCGCCGCCUCGCCAUUGUGCGCGGAUUGCCUGACACCGACACCUCUUUGGAUGACUUCAUCGCGCUCCUCAGCAACCUGCCUCAACUCGAAGAGCUCAGAGUACGAGACCUAUUCUAUGCUCCUGACCCACUGGCACCCGAGGAUGUGCACAUGCUGCUACCAUUUUGCCAAACCGCCACGCUAAAGUGCUUGACUUCGCUCCACAUAACCGAUCAACUCUGUGAGAACGGCUCGCGGCUUCUCCACAGACUCGUUCAUCCUGCAUCCGCCAACGUCCGGCUAGAUUUCGCGCACGUCUCCGAGAGCGUUCCAUGCGUUCUUUCUCCAGCAAUCCUCCUUACCAAAUUUCACGCGAGCGACUGCAGCCCGCCACAAUCACUGUCAAUCUCUUCUUCGAAUGACGAGGCCAUCAAUGUCUGCCUCUGGACGGAGCGCCUCUCGUCCGAAGAACUACGCGCAAAGCAAGAGAAUGGCGACGAUGCGUGCUUCGUCUUCAAGACGUGUGGCUCGCCCAGGCGUUUUGUCGCAGAGUUCGUACAAGGCCUCCCGCUGUCGCACGUCCGUUCUGCAUAUCUCUUCGAGCCUGAUUCCCCGAGUGUGCUCCAAUGGUGCGAGCUGUUCUCUCUCCUAGCAUCCGUCGAGGAGCUCUGCAUAGAGUGUGGGGUGUGGAAUGACGCGGAGGCCGACCCUUCGAGAUGCACGGAGGCUUCCUCACUGGACGAUUUCCACUCGUUAUUCCCCUCUCUUGUCGUCGCAAAGCUUCAUCAC